AACGGAAGUUUAUUCCCGAGGAAAAGGGCUAGCUUGGUAGCUAAAAAAGUUAACUGGCUCCGGUGAAGUCAUAGACAGUUCUUAUUUGACUUUUUAAGCCUUAUCAGGUCGCAGUAAAAUGCCGGGACCAGCAAACAUCGUCGCUAUGAAAAAAGUUGUUCAACAGCUGCGUUUUGAAGCGGGUAUACAUAGAGUAAAGGUGUCUCAGGCCGCUGCAGACCUCCAGCAGUUUUGCCUUCAGAACGCCCAGCAGGACCCUCUGCUCACCGGCAUGUCCUCCAGCAACAACCCGUUCAGACCGCAGAAGGUCUGCUCCUUCCUAUAGUACCACAGGCUGUUUUGGAUGACGUGCCUUGUUAAGCUGAGCUGCAGGAUUCUUCAAAAUGGACUGGAAUUGUCUCAGGAGUCUUGGGAAUUUGAGCCAGGACUCUCACUUGAGCUUUUUUAACUUUAACCUUAACAGAAAACUUUUUUGGUGCAUAAUAAAUGUCUCAGCCUUCCUGCAUAGAACUAACACAUAUUGUGCCUUCUGAAAUGUAAAUGUUUAAUCUCUAAAUAAAACUAAACUGUUUCCUAA